CCAUCCGCCGCUCCGUCCAACUGGAGGGAGAGCGACGGCCGUGAACCCAGGAGGCGGGGCCACAUCGAGGCCAUGGAGCGUCUGCUGCAGCAGGUCCGAGCAACGCACACACACUACUGCUGCGGAGACUCGUCGAAACUACAGAACCCAAGCAGGAAGCAGUCCGUCUCCAGAAGCCUCAAGCACCUCUUCAACUCCUCAAACAAGUUUGUGAAGACACUGAAAAGGGGGAUUUACCUGGCUGCUGUUUUCUACCACAAGGACAGCUUACUAGUGACUGCAGAGGAGCAGAUUCCCAUCGUGGAAGUGGAUGAUUCCUACAGCAGCUCGCUCAUGCAGGACUUCCUCUGGUUCACCAAGCUGUCCUGCAUGUGGGAGGAUGUCCGAUGGCUGAGACAGAGCAUGUCUGUCUCCAUGUCUUCUUCGUCCACCCUGCAGGCCCGCCAUAAGAUGCUCACCGCUGCCGCCCAGCUGCAGAACCUUCUCGGAACCCACAACCUGGGCCGGGUCCACUACGAGCCCAUCAAGGAUCGCCACGGCAACGUGCUGCUCGUGACCAUCCGCGACACCGAGAGCCAGCACUCGCUGUUCAGCGGGAGGUGGAUGCAGGUGACCAAACUGCAGAGCCAGAGGAAGUCCCUGUCCACGCCGGAGGAGCCGUACGCGCUGGACAUCCUCAUCAUCACCAUGCAGGACAUCCUGGCGUACCAGCGGCGCAGCACCCACCGCCUCGCCCCUGGCCUCUACUUGGGCUACCUGAAGCUCAGCAGCUCCGUGGACCAGAUCAAAGUGCUGGUGUCCCAGCGGGCCCCCAACAUGCUGUGCCACACCCGGAUCCGGGACAACGCCAACGUGUCCAGGGAGGAGUGGGACUGGAUCCAAACGCUGGCGGCCGUGGGGGAAAAACGACGCAGCGAGGAGGACGAGGGGGAGGCGGAGCCUCAGCCAGAAAGCCACGCCCCUCUGCUGUACUACGAGCUGCAGACAGCCAUCAAGUCGCUGCUGAAGCUCAUCAAUGUCCCUCUGCACCAGGCCCGCCAUUUCCGUCUCUACAGUCAGGAGGUGGUGGAGAUCGGCCACGACGUCUCCUUCCUGCUGCUGCUGCCCCCUGCUGACGACGUCUGCUCCGCCCCUGGCCAGUCCAACCCCUACGCCCCUCUGUCGGGGUUCCUGCACCUCCCACUGCAGAUGUUUGAGCUCGUUCACUUCUGCACCUACAAAGAAAAGUUCAUCGGUCUCUACUGCCGCCUGUCCUCCGUUCUGGACCUGGACUCCCUGAUUACCCAGCAAGCACUGCGGGAGGCCAUCACGGACGGCGAGUUGACGAGCGCCAGAUCCCGACAUCAGCUCAUCCUGGACUACAUCCAGCAGCUGGAUGAGAUGCGGCGUGACCUCCGCUGGAUAACGGACGCCCUGCAGUACGCRCGCUACAAGCAACCCCGUGGCGGUGUCCUCAUCAACUGUCUGGUGGACGCCAGUGCUUCAGAGAGCAAUUCUGGACAGCAGAAGACUGACUCCACCUCCUCCACAAUGGACUACAUGCCUACACCCUCCCCGUCGCCGGAGCUCCGGCAGAGGAAGGCCAUCAGUGACUCUCUGCUCGGCUCAGAUGAGGACGGCUCCUCUGAGGUGUUCCUGCCCACUGACAGCGACUAUGACUCCAGUGACGCCCUGAGCCCCCGCGAACUGGAUCUGCUCUACUCUCCAGCUUCAGAUCUGUCCCAGCAGGUCAUGCACUCGCUAGGCGGAAGCGCCCCCGACGUCCUGCAGAUCCACGAACUCAGGUACAGUAUUUGCCCACCGACAGACCUCCCUGUCUCCACUCCCAGGAAGGAUCCUCUCCUACCUACCUCCACUUCUCCAUCUGCAGAUCUCUCCCUCCCCACCUCUCCUAACCCACCAUCUCGCUGCAGAACCCUGCCUACAUCUCCCUCCCUUCCCUUGUCCCCCAGGUUCUACAAAGAUCUCCCCCUGUCGUUCCCCCUGUCCCCGGCUCUGUCCGACACCACCAAGACUUUUGAGGGCCUCUCACUUACUAAGGAGGGCCCAGCCCCUCUGAGGGGUCUUGCCAAUCCACCGGCCAAACGCAAACUGCUCUCCAGGAGCCACCGGGGGCAGUAUUUCAGCGGGCCCCAGCGCUGGCUCCGGGGCCACAGUGGGGAGAGUCUCACUGGGUCUUUAUCGGAGGGCGUUUACACCAGGCAACUGGACGCCGACUUAACUCCACUGGAGGACCCACCCUCACCGCAGGGCCACACCUACGUAAGCCACGCCUCCUGCAUCCUGGAGAGUCGUAAAGCCCGGCACCGGGAACCGCGGCCCCACGUUCGCAGGAUCUUUGUGGAGCCCUGCAAGGAUGCGUCGCCGAGUCRGGAGAAGGAGGAGACUGUAACGGCCGCGGGAGUGUCAGUGGUUGUAGCACAAGCAGAGUCUGGAGAGGAGGGGGAGGAGACGGAGGGAGCCACUGCCCAGGAAGUGGACUCAGACGACCAGACAAACGCGCAGGUCUCGGAGAUUCUCAGCAGCACACUGUAGAGGGGAAGCGCGUUGUUGGACAACGGACGUUACAUGGACAUUAAAGCCACUGCAAACGACUGAGUCGUCUGUGUUUUUACCUCAUGACACCAGCAGUCCUUGCAUCCAGUAAGGACUCACAUCCUCUCCUUCAGUGUCGAGUCACAGUUGAAUGCUGUGACAAAACCUUCAUCCAGUUUAUGGCUUAUUGUAUUAAAUCUAAAGGUCAGAGCCUCACUGUAUUCAGUCCCAUCAAAAUCAGCUCAGAUUGGAUCAUUAAACCUCUCUGUCUAAGGUUCCUCACAGGCCUUUGUGCAAACAAAUCCGGUGAUUAGAGGCACAUUCAGCGACAUGUAAGCAAAGUCAGCAUGUAGAGCUGCAGUUCACAAAUUAUGGACUCAGCAACAACUGAAAUUGUGAGAUUACAGAGAACCCUAAAACGUGGGAAGGAAGAUUUUCCACAUCUAGACAUCAAAGUUUGUGCUUUAACAGAAAUCAGUGACCAACAGUGAUCCAUCGGUGCUAAUUCUGAGUGAAUCCGAAUAAUUUGAACAGUUUCAGACUAUAAAGUAAAACUUAGCCUGUUAAUAGCUUGUUUGUUUGCAGGUUUUAGAUCAGUUUAUCCUUGCAUAAACCCUUUUCAUUACAGUAUACCAUUAGAUUCCUGGUCGUUCCAUUGAUUUCUGGCCCACAUUUCAAACAAAGAUCACGUCACGAUCAGGUUAACAGCUUGUACAACAAACCCUAAUUGCAGAGGGGCAGCAGUGCAAUUAGCUCUGCAUGAUGGUUUAGCUCCUCUGGCUGUUGUACCAUGAAAAAUAGCAUCAUGACGGCUGGCGAACAACUUUGUCCUUUACUGCUGGCUUGUCGCAGUCUUGUUCGCUGCACGUAAAACCAAACACAGAAUUUAAACAGAUGCAUCCAUCUUUGGGUUAACUACCAAAUUUUCUUCAGUGGUUUUUAGGCAGCAAAUGUAAAGGAACAACAAACUUCAGAGAGUUUGACCUAAAUGUUUUCCUGAAAUUGGGGUAUGAAAUGAGGUUUAAGCACAUUCUCUUCAAGACCUUAAGGACUGUGGGGGGAACCUUGUUCGCAGUGUUUGUUAUGAUGGUUUGUCGGCUACUCUGCCGAUGUUUUUAAUGUGACGCAGAGUCGUCAUUCGGCAGGACACCCUAAGCGCGAACCUCUCCUUUCCACAAGAGCGUCUGUGAUACACUGAAACCAUCGUCCUCGAAGCUGAACUUUCCGACUCAAAAAGCAACCCUCCCAUCCGGUUACCAGAUUGAUUUCAAGUUGCUGGUUCAACUCCACCAAGCCUCAGAACCAAUGGCAUCGACUGUUACAGAUAAUGAUUAAUGCAACCAAGAACCCAGACACUGCACCCCCUUCAGGACGUUUGCAUUGUGACCCUUCAGGUCACCCAGGAGAAGAACUGGAGAAAAGAAAAAAAAUAAAUAAAARAARAAAGAAUACAUUUCCCUCAGUUCAGUUUAUCUGUAAAAGAUUCCRGUAUWCCCCCUCGUCCUCAGCAUGAACUGAAUGUAGGUUUUGACCCGUUUGUGAYGAUUCAAUCGGUUGUUCUGAGCUGCUCGGAUGUUUCAGUUAAAAUUGGAAAAAAUAAAUCUAUGUGUAUAUAUUCUUACAAACAGAUCGAACACCAGAGUCUUUAUCACAUGAAGUAUUUUUUUAUUCCUAAAGAUGGAAUGUGGCCUGAGCUGUAUUUUUGUCAGCAUGAUGUAGACCGUAGUCUUUGUUUUAUUGGACUGACGCUUUGUGUCCGGUUUGUGCCUCGUUCGGAUCCGGCAGCACGGUGACUUGCGCUCGGAUCCUUUUGGUCCCUGUUCUGCUUUUCACUUGAUUACUGUUGUGUUUUCUGUUUUGUUUUUUGUUUUUUUUAUUUCAUUUUUUGUAAAACCAACGUGAAACCAAAUYCUGCACCCGUUUUUCUUCGUAAUGUUCAGGAAGUGAUGACRUGUGGACCUGCCGGAACAUGCACACGUUCUUAACAUGUAUGCACAGUAUUUUGAAACGGCGUUUUUUCUAACGUUUGCACAUUCUGAUUAUGGAAUAAAAGCUAAUUGAAUAUUUGAUGCAACAGGGCAUUAACUGUGGCAGCUUCUGUUUAUUCUGAAGGCUGGUCCCGGAAGGGCCGACGGCGGAGASGUAUGGAGUAUUAACUUGUGAGUUUGGUCAUGUUUGAAUGUGUUACUAGUGAAGUGUCAGCUUUACAACCAGACAUGCACUAAAUGUAUUUACUUGUUUCUGCUGCAGGUGUCUGUACUUUUUUGGCAUUUAUCAGUUUUUGCUGAAAUAAAAAAAAACAAACUAUAAAA